AUGUGUCGCCUCGUGGCUGAGGCUGCACACAAGGGAGACAAGCAACUUAUUCUUGAUACAAGACGAAUGGUCGGAGAGCCGGAAGACUCGGUUCAUACCCCUUUGGACCCGCAUGAGUUCUGCAACAAGAUCUUCCACACGUGUUGCGUGGGCACCAAGAACUCUAGCGCAGAAACGAGAAAGAGGGUCAAGGACCUCUCAGAAGCGAUCGGAAGCUACCAUAUGGACUUGAACACAGACACUCUUGUCACCUCUGUCCGUGACCUGUUCGCGUUCGUUACUGGUAUGCGACCUCGGUUCAGAGCCCAUGGCAGAUGUGGCGCAGAGAAUUUGGCGCUGCAGGACGCACAGUUACGGAUGCUCCUUGCUUAUCUCUUCGCUCAACUACUUCCUUGGGUUCGAGGCAGACAGGGUGCACUCCUCGUCCUUGGCAGUGCAAACGUUGAUGAAAGUCUCCACGGAUAUUUCACAAAAUACGAUUGUUCAGCAGCUGAUAUCAAUCCUAUUGCGGGCAUCAGUAAGACUGAUCUCAAGAAGUUCAUUGCCUACGCUCGUGAUGCGUUUGAAAUUCCCAUCUUGGACGAUUUUUUGAUCGCCAUGCCGACCGCUGAGCUAGAGCCAAUUUCGGAGACACAUGUCCAAACGUAUGAGGUGGACAUGGGCAUGACGUACGAUGAACUAUCAGUCUUUGGUCGUUUCCGCAAAGUGGAGAAGUGUGGACCAUACGGCAUGUUCACGAAGCUGGUGCACAAGUGGGGCUCAUUCCUGUCUCCCGUUCAAAUCGUAGAGAAAGUCAAGCAUUUCGUCUUUGAAUGUGCGCGCAACCGUCAUAAGAUGACAACCCUGACACCGGCGUACCAUGCAGAAUCCUACAGCCCAAAUGACAACAUUGCCCAGACUAAUUUGCGUCCUUUUCACUAUCCCUUAAGGUUCCCGUGGCAGUUUAAGAAGAUAGAUGAAGUAGCUGCAGUCCUACCUGAUCGCUCCAACUCGGCUGCAGAUAAGACCAAGACUGACUGA